UUGUUAUCGUAGGUAGUCGUGUUUUCUGAUUCGCUCCCACCGCUGGCGGACGUGUAGAAUAACCGUUGGAAAACAGCAGGAAGUGUGCUUUUGUGUGUACGUUUGUCCCGAGUCGCUGUUUCCUGGGGGAAUGGAUUAAAUCGAGCGUUAUGCACAUGCAGUAUUUUUGUCGUGUUUCUUCCCGAAGGCAAUGACAGUAUAUGAGGAUGUAUAGCUGCUUAACGACAGCAGUGGUAUCUGUCAAGUACUGCAAGACGUAGCCAGUGAUGUGAAUGGUAAUUGAAAAGUGCAGAGCAAACAAAAAUCGAGUCACUCUCGAAGACUAAUAAGUGUGGGUUUCCGUGAGGAGAAUGCAUAAUAUGGGGAAAAGAAAAUAUGAAGGAUUAUGUUUCAUUAUCAGAACCACGUGGAGCGCAUAACAUUAUAUUAGUGCCAAUCAUUCGUGGUGUGUUCAACGCGUCUGCUCUCUGCAUAUGAUGCUUCCAAAUGGGAAGUCCUUAAAUUCAGGAAUACUGAUAAUCCAUGUGACAAGCAGAGAGUUUGAUAUCUUCCAGAGGAUUACUUCAAAGCAGCGAAACAUCGUUCGAGCACAUCGUGACAUUGAAGUGCUGUUCGGCGCCUAUUUUCGACAGUAUUGUUAACUUUAAUCCUUGCGAAACAGGGAGUGUGUGUUAUUGUGGCGCAUCAACUUGUUGCUGUGAGAAGUUAUAACUAGGAAAGUUGAUCGGUCGGAAACAGUUAACGGAAAAUAUAAAUUACCAGUGGAAAUAAGCUCAUUGGGACGCCUCACGGGGGGGGUUGUUAAAAGCAAACACACACAAGGAGGAGAGAUAACUUAAAACACGCUGUUCACAUUCGACAGUCCGACAUCGACGAUGGAAGAAAACAAAUGUAAGGAUAAUGUGUCAUAACUCCGCUCCAUUUCAUUCUCUUGCGUAUGUUGGAAUAUGGCCAGGAUCUAUGGAUUUACUCACAUGUCAUAUAAAACAAUUCAAGUGUUGACGAUGCCGAUAACGAAAUAGGAGAAAAGUCUAGAUUCACUGUAACGUAAAAUUUAUGGUAACGGCAUGUCCCACGACUGAAAUAAUCAAUAUGUCAAUUGAAGCCAUCGCUGUUGCUCCUGAUGCUGGUGAUGCUUCUAAUGUCCUUAGUCGAUUAUCGUCUUCCCUUUCCGGCACCGGAGCUGGUUCAACACUGUCAACGAAUGGUGUCGAUGGAGAGCGGAAGUUGUAUUACUUUGACGGCAGCGAAUAUGACACCACCGAGACGAAACAGCAAUUUUAUAACCUCCACCAUCAGCAGCGGGCGGCACUUUUAUUGGGCGACAACAUCACAGCCUCCACGAUGUACUCAUCGCUGGACCCCGGAGGAGGCCUCUACAAUCCGGUAGAGACGGAGAAUGAGACUGACUUCUACUACUAUAACGGCGCAGCUGGCAACGGUUUCGGAGACAGCCAUAACAGCACCCUCCUAUUUGGCGAUGACUACUACCAGAACUGUAUGGGAGUGGAAGGAAACACAUCGUAUCUGAAUGUGUCGUGCGAGACGAUCCUGAACUACAGCAUCCCAUUGUACGGUUACUGCACACCCAUUUUUAUACUAAUCACACUAACUGCCAACUCACUGAUAGUGAUUGUGCUCAGCAAACGCAGCAUGGCGUCACCCACCAAUUUUGUGCUGAUGGCGAUGGCACUUUGCGACAUGUUUACCCUGCUCUUUCCGGCACCUGGGCUGCUCUACAUGUACACGUUUGGCAACCACUACAAACCAUUAUCGCCGAUUGCUGCCUGCUACGUGUGGAACGCACUGAACGAGAUUCUUCCGGCAAUGUUCCACACAGCAUCAGUUUGGCUAACGUUGGCGCUGGCAGUGCAGCGGUACAUUUAUGUUUGCCAUGCUCCGAUCGCCCGGACGUGGUGCACAAUCCCACGAGUGAAGAAAUGCAUCGCAUAUAUCUGUAUAGCAGCACUAAUUCAUCAAAGCACCAGAUUUUUUGAUAAAUCCUACAGCCUGGUGACAAUCGAAUGGAACGGCCAUCUGACGGAGGUGUGCCACACAGAGACCUCCAGCUGGGUGCACUACGUAGGAGAAGAUGUGUACUACACCUUCUACUUCUCGUUCCGGAUACUUUUUGUACAUCUCAUACCAUGCGGCAGCUUAGUAGCAUUAAACGUGUUGCUCUUUAAGGCAAUGCGUCAGGCGCAGCAGAAACGGGAGCGCCUCUUCAAAGAUACGGCCAAAAAGCGAGAGUGCAAACGGGUCCGGGACUCUAACUGCACCACGCUGAUGCUAAUUGUCGUAGUGACGGUAUUUCUUGUCGUUGAGAUACCACUCGCUGUGAUUACAGCCUUACACAUCAUCUCAUCCCUCAUCUACGAGUUCCUGGACUAUUACAUCGCCAAUUUGUUCAUUCUGUUUGCAAACUUUUUUCUCAUCGUUAGCUAUCCGAUCAAUUUCGCAAUCUACUGCGGGAUGUCACGUCAGUUCAGAGAGACCUUCAAGGAAAUCUUUGUGAAACCCAGCAAACAGGUGUCGGGUAGUAAAAAGGAUUGUUCCUCGCGCUACUCCCUAGUCAAUGGGCCGCGGACCUUCACCAACGAAACGGUGCUGUAACCAUUAUCUGGAGCGACAAAGAUGAUGCUGAUGGUUGACUUUUCCUUCUUGCAAAUCUGCUCUACGAGCGGCUUUUAAGUGGCUGAGUAAUGACAUCUCGUCUCUACAAAACUAUACAUAAUUUAUCUGAAGACCGUUGAUUGGAAGUAGAACAAAGCAGAAGAAAAUAAGCCUGGAACAAAGAGGGUGAAGCACAAAAUAUCAAUUGUCCCAUUAUUUUUAUAUCAUUCAAGAUUAACUGAUUGACAACGCUAAAGAAACGUUCUCAAGUCUUUCUCGAAACAAUGCUUUUUCAAGCCGAGUUCUGCACUUUCUUGUUGUCUACGGAAUCUGAUGUCUAAAGCACGUCUCCAUGAUUAUUUUCAGUCGCCACCUAUUUGCCCUGCUGGUCACUUAUUUAGUUCCUUAGCAAUCGUAACGCGAAAUUGAAAUGAACAAGCAGAAGCAGAAGGAAAAGAGCGUCUAAUCAAAAGAUUCAUUUGAAUAAAAAAUUAUGAGCCCAAUUUUAUAUAUCAAAUGAAUGAAACGAAAGCAAAAGUGGAAGUGGAAAAUAUAAAAAUAAAACUCCGGAAGUAGAUAUUUUCGUUUUCGAAAACGCAUCAAUCGAGCUAGAUUAUGAUCAAACAAAACGAAGCAAACACCCACAAAAGGUAAUGAAAAUCUAUGCUGCUUGCUUGCGAAAAUUUGAAGCUAAAUCCGCUGAAGAACGCAGCAGGAUACAUAGAACAAAGUUAUGAGAACAGAUGAGUAAAGGCCUGUUUGGAAGUUGAGAGGGAACACUGAGAACAGGGAUGCAAUUUCCCCUCAACUUUUAAAACUGUCAAGUACACAAAAUAUCCAACGCUGAAGUCUAGUAACUAAUUCAAAGUUAGCCGUUUAAUGUAGUUAUGCAUUUGCGAAUUUUGAAAUAUGUUUUAGACUUAUCUUUUAAGUAAAUACAAAUUGUGAGCUAUCACGAGAAAAAUCGAAACCUGGUAAAUCUGAGAAGAUGAUCAUAUUUUAUUGGAAAGUUGACGCUAGAAAGCGUAAAUAUAGUUAAAUAAAUUUAUCUAAUCUUCUAAUUAUUUUUGAA